GAUCAACAAACACGAUAUAUCAACGUUAUUACAUCUAGCAGAAAAUAAAAUGAUCAAUAUUGUGAAAAUCCAUCCUAACUUCUUUGCGAGUAAUACCAGUAUUCCACGAAUUCAAAAGCGAAGAUGGACUUUAGCUAAUAGAGUUGGUCGAGAGAUCCUUUUAGUACUUACAAUGACAGGCAGUUGGAGUUGGACCCUGACAGUUCAUACAAAAACCGUAAAAGUUGAUAUCUUUGAACACCCCUCAGGAUGUAUCGCAUCUACGAAAAAUCCAGAAGGUUAUUUUGUCACUAUUAUACUGUAUCAAAUUUUCAAGUCAAAUCUGGAUAGAGAAAUAUGCUAUAAUGCAGUGUUUAAAAAGGUGCCCUAUCACGUUUGCUGCACAAUUCCACAAAAUCAUCCACGCAAAUCCAACUGUUACAUACAUGUAAGAUCUCCCUUAUUGAGCACACUAAAAACAAUGAUAACAGUUUUACAAAUAUUCAUACAGUCCGCCGGCAUUUUUCUCAUGGCAAACUUCUGUAUUUGUUUGCCCUGGCAAUCUGAAAAUGAGAGCAAGGAUCACUACAAACUCACAGAAAGUCCAAUGUCAGUGUCCUACAUUCUUUUCAAGUUAUUUUGGGAUGGAUAUGGACCGUUAAAGUCAUUCGCCAGGAGGUCUAUAUUUAUAGGAAUGGUUUUCGUUCUUUUCUCGGCAACCAAUUUCUUUAAUUAUUUACACUCAAUCGUGUUAUUUUCGGUUUGGGCAGUACUCUUACAAUUUUCUAAAUUAUUUGCUAACUUUUCUUUUAAGGAGGUUUUGGAAUUGUCUUCGUUGGGACAAUAUUUUGUGAAUUUUCUGCAUUCUUAUUUAGUGUACGAUGUGCGCGAUAUUUAUUUAUCUUCCAGGACAGAUUUCCUAGGUGGAGCGGUAAGCUUAAUCACCUUGCCUUUAAAUAUCAAACGCUGGAAGAUUGCUCUCGUUAAAGUUUAUAACAACGGAGUAGUCCCUAUUCGUGCAUCGAAUUUAAGCCACCGAUCUUUUUGUAAACGUUUGGGAAGAUUUGUAUUCCAUUGCGUAACUAUUUCAAUUUACAUUUUAAUUGUCUUGAUUAUGCAGAUCAUACUAAUAAUAACGAGCAUUUAUCUUGAUACCAUGUUGAUUUUCAUUUCUCUAUUCAUUUCAACACUCAAUGCAUACGAAAAUGAACGCAACCUGGUCUUUUUUAUCAUUCGUAUGUUCCUGGAGGGCCUCUUGUUAGCCGUAUCAUGUUAUAUCUUUCCCCAGCUCUUUGCAUAUUUACCAACUUUAGCUAUUUCAUUUUUUAGUGGAUUAAUCCUGAAUAUCGCUUACUUUAUUCCUUAUAUCAGUUUUCUUUCUGUUUUAACAUUUUACUCCUUAAAUUCUUGGAAAACUGUUGAAGAGCGAUAUAGCACUUUAAAAUCCUUGAUCCAUAAAGAAUGCCGCAGUAAAUUUAAAAACGACAAUUAUGAUGCUGUUGGAAUUGCUGAAAAUGACAGUAGCGAUACAGUGGUACAAGUCAGUGAGAUUAACAAUGGUGGCAAUGAAAGUAACAACAGCAAACAAGAUAACAAUGGUAAUAAAACUGAGUACGUAGUUUCCAAGCAACUUUAUGAUGAAAUCAGAGAACGUCUUCUACCAUACCAAUGAAAUCUAUUCUUUUUCGUAUUCAGGGUUCUGUGUAUCGCUGCAUUUGCUUCUAUUGUGCUAACGUUAGUUGAAAUUCUUCUGGAAAGCGACACCUCUCCAACAGUUCAGGUGUUAACCACGUUUAGUGUAAGUGCUUUACCAUAUGUUAUGAAUAUUGUUGCUUGCAAAAGCGGUGACAAUGAGAAAAACGCAUGGACGGAGAAUCUACAGGCAGAUGUAAAAUACUUGGUAAACAAGCUCACUGCUGAGAAUUCAGAGUUAGCUCGGAUAAUAAUUGUUGUACCGCGUAAUCAAUUUGCUUAAAUAGAAACAACGUUAACAGAA